ACCAGAGAAACAUCCCCUUGAAUCAACUUAAUGCAACUUUUCGAGAUGCAAUCACAGUCUGCCGUAGUUUGGGCGUGUCAUAUUUAUAGAUCGAUUCGCUGUGCAUUAUCCAGGAUUCCGAAGCAGACUGGAAAAAUCAAGCUUCGCAAAUGGCCCAUAUUUAUGCAAAGGCGGAUCUCACAAUCGCAGCGACAAAAUCUAGCGAUGCAUCUGGUGGUUGCUUCGCGAAUACAGGUAAUGAGUACAUGUCAAAACUCGUGCCUGGAUGCAACAACACUUAUGUUCUUCAUAAACUUCCCGAAUUCCCCCUGAUGUCGAGCGAACAUCAAAUAGGAAAAAGCUCAGGCUGGCCACUGAUGAAUCGUGGAUGGGCCUAUCAGGAGAUGCGACUUUCGCCACGCGUACUGCACUUCUGUGCUCAGGAAGUGAUAUGGGUCUGCCGGGAUGCACAGAAAAGCGAGAGCAAGGAUAACGACAAAGAUUUGACCUCAAAAGAUGGAUGGGCCAGGAUCUCCUUUUCCCAUAUUCCAUAUGGUAUCCUUGAGAAAGACCCAAAGUACCUGUGGUAUCGGACAGUUCAGGAAUACUCACGGCUUCGACUCAGUAAGCAAGAGGACAAGAUGGCUGCCCUAGCUGGGCUAGCCGAGCAAAUGCAGAAUUUACGGCCCGGCGAUCGAUACUUGGUGGGCUUGUGGAAGACUUUACUUCACGAUCUUCUGUGGUUCUUAGAGGGCCGCUACAAGGCUCCAAAACCACGAAUUACCCGCUAUCCAUCUUGGUCUUGGGCGUCAUCCCCUUUUCAAGUCACCUGGUUUUCGGGCCUCAACAAGUCCCUCAAGUGUACGCAAGUCGAAGACAUCAAACUGGCGAACCAAGGCCCGAGCCACAUGGCCGACUGUGUAGAGGCGACAAUCACAUUGAGGGCUCCUCUUCUAGACGCAAGCUCUCUACUUACUGCUUGCCAAGCAUUCAGAAAGCAGAGAGCUUACCAAGCAUUUACAGGCAUUGGCCCAGUCCCAGGCAGACGCAAACUUCACUGGCCAUUUGGCCACUUGUAUUUUGACCCGUUCAACGCCGUCAUUACAAAUCUGGAUCACUUAUAUGUUUCUUAUUAUGCAUCGGACAGCGGAUCUCCUGUCAAGGAUCUUACUCCCGCAGAAUGUUCCGGCUAUCUCAUUCCUUUGGCCGCGGAAAACGACUUUUCACUCGGGUUUGGUGCUAUUCACGUACAAAGAGAUCAGAGUAGCGACUGUUAUAGGCGAGUCGGCUGGGCGGAAUUGGGGCAUCCAGCAGCUCCGUACAGCAAUAAUAAGCCAGAGUUGAAGAGAAAAUCCAUGGAAAAUUUGGCUACUGUUAGAAGGCUACUAGAAGAUCUGCCAACCCAUAGAAUAACCUUGAUUUAGGAAGAGCGCUUCGCUAUGAAACGCUGUGGGAGAUAUUCAAGUCUCGUACAUUGGCAAUCUACCUUAGUUACUUAAGCAUCAAGAGUUCUAAGCCAGUCACUCUGCAUCAAAGAACUAGCGAACCCGUUCUGUUUGCGUUUUUCGUGUAGAAAUCUUGACUGAGGAGGUGGAAUGGGAAGGCAGGCAGUCUAAGCCAUUGAAAACAGCGCUUCCA